AUGUCCAAGGCGUUUCAGACGUGGUGGGGUCCGGAGAACGCCAAGUCGUGGGGCGGCGGCGGCGGCACGGUGCAGUCGCCGCACCGCGGCGAGCCCAGCAUCCUGUCGUCCUUCCUCGUCUCGCGCGUCUCCAACACGCAGGUCCGCCCCAUGGCCUCCCCGACAUGCCCUCCCCCCGCCAUGCCCUCACCAUAUCGUGGCCUCUCUCUGGACGAACCACCCCCGCCCGUGUGCGUUGCAGCCCCUCUUCCCCCUUCUCUUCCUUCUCCUCCCCCCCCCCCCCCGUUUCCCCCCUCCCCUUCCUCCCACUUCUCCCCCUCCCCGCGCGCCACAACGCGCCACCAGAUCCGCCUGCAAGUGCCGAACGGCAAGUACGUGCGCGCGGGCGGCGUGUACACGGGCAUCAACGCCAAGUUCCCCACCCUGGACCUCACGCCCAAGGCGGACCGCACCACCAUCUUCACCAUCGUCUCAGCCGGCGCUGAUACCAUCAACCUACUGGCGUACGACGGCAAGUACGUGAGUGCGAGCGGCAACAAGGGCGACCAGCUGCUGCGGUGGGCGACGUCGCCGUCGGAGUGGGAGGCGUUCGUGGUGUUCGAGGCCAUGAUGGUGCCCGCCAUUCGCGGCGCCAACGUGGGCGGGUGGCUCGUGUACGAGCGGUGGAUGAACCCCGGGCUGUACAGCACCCCGCGCAAGUGGAAGGACGGCACCAUGUUCCGGCUGCAAUCGAUGACGACCAAGAAGUAUGUCACGGCCAAGAACUAUGGCGGCAGCACGAUCAUAUGCAAGGACUCCACUCCGGGCUAUGACGGCAUCUUCUUCCUCCGCACCAACGGCGCCAAGUACCAGGUGCGAGUGCAGGGCACGCAGUACUGGGCGCUCUCAGGCUCCUCUGUCGUCGCUGGCUCACCCAACCCCACCAAGAAGUACUCGGACUUUUCCUUCCAGUUCAAGGACAGCAGUCUGUCGCUGGUGCGAGUGGUAGCGGCCAACGGCAAGAUGCUGCGCGCCACCGCAUCAGGCGACCUCGUGGCUGAUGGCACCUCCACCUCAUGGUCGGGGGACACUGCCUUCGCCGUCACCAUCACGGGCACGCGGGACGACGAGUGGCAGCUCUCCGCCUCUCUCGGUCCCAGCAAGGUCACGCCCUACAUGUCGUCCUUCCGCACCGCCUUCCUCACAGAAGCCGACUUCCGGUACAUGAGGCGCCAGGGGCUCAACGCCGCGCGCAUCCCCAUCCCCUACUGGGUCAUGCAGGACCCUAAACCCGAGUACCCCUGGGCGGCAGGCACGCGGGAGCGCCUGGACUGGGCGUUCACCAUGGGGAGGAAGUACGGCAUCCGCAUCUGGCUGUCCCUGCACGUUCUCCCCGGGACGCAGAGCGGCACGUACGGGUCGCGGGACUCGCUCACGCUCUGGCCGCUCGCAGCCAACUACCAGAAGUCGCUCCAGCUUGUGGAGUGGCUCGGGAAGCGGUACGGCGGGAAGAGCGAGUUCCUCGGGAUCGGGUUAGUCAACGAGCCGGCGGCGCCGUGGGCGUACGGGGUGCAGUCAGGCGUGUCGCUGCCGCUGCUGAAGAAGUACUACAGUGCGGGGUACAAGGCGCUGCGCAAGGGCGCCAAGUGCGCGUUCAUGUCCAUGGAGGGGCGCAUCGGGUCCAACAUAUGGGAGGUGCACUGGCACCUGUACGACAACAUCCACACGAACGUGAUCCUCGAGUCGCACCUGUACAAUGUGUUCAAUCCCGAGCUGGUGAACAACAAGAAGAUGACGGCCGCGCAGGAGGUGGAGUACACGCGCACCACCAUGCCUGCCAAGCUCAGGGACUACCAGCAGUUUGGGCGGCCAGUGCUGGUGGGAGAGUUCUCCAAUGCCAUGGCGCAUCCUGACGACAGCUACCAGGCGGCAUUCAGCAAGGCGCAGCUGCAGGCCUUUGCCACCGCACAGGCCGGCUGGUUCUUCUGGUCGCUCAAGCAUAAUAUCUCGCUCGGUUACGAGCACUGGAGCUUCGUCAAGAGCAGAGAGAAAGGAUGGCUCCCUCAAAAGUCCCCGGGCGUGUGGUGGUAG